UAAAUGGACGAUAUCGCCGCGCCGAGCUGCUGGUGCAGGGUGCGUUGGAGCCGGACACGAGCAUGGCGGGGGAGGCGCACGUGCUGGUGUUCCCGCUCCCGGCGCAGGGCCACCUCAACUGCAUGCUCCACUUCGCCACGGGGCUCCUCGGCGCCGGCCUCCACGUCACGUUCCUCCACACCGACCACAACCUCCACCGCCUCGGCCGCGCCGCGUCCGAGGCGGCGACCGCCUCGCCGCGCCUCCGGUUCCUGUCCGUGCCCGACGGCCUCCCCGACGACGACCCCCGCUCGGUGGACAGCCUCGCGGAGCUCAUGGAGUCCAUGCGAACGAGGGCCAGCGUCGCGUACCGUGCUCUGCUCUCCUCGCUGUGCGCGGGGCGCGCCGCUGACGGCUUCCCGCCGGUGACGUGUGUCGUAGCCGACGGCAUACUGCCGUUCGCCGUCGAUAUCCCCGAGGAGCUCGGCGUCCCGGCGAUUGCGUUCCGCACGGUGAGCGCGAGCGCCGUCCUGGCGUACCUGUCCGUGCCCAGGCUCGUCGAGCUCGGUGAGCUCCCGUUCCCUGAAGGCGGCGAGCUCGACGAGCCAGUGCGCGGCGUUCCGGGGAUGGAGAGCUUCCUGCGGCGCCGAGACCUGCCGAUUCAGUGCCGUCAUUUCACCAAGACCCAUGACGACCCCGUGCUGCAGACGGCGGUCGCGGGCACCGUGCAUAGCCGCAAGGCACGGGCGCUCUUGUUCAACACGGCCAUGUCCCUAGAGCGGUCAGCCCUCGCACAAAUCAAGCCGCACAUGCGCGACGUAUUCGCCAUUGGACCACUCCACGCGAUAUCCCCUGCGCCGGCAGUCGCCACCAGUCUCUGGCGCGAGGACGACGGCUGCAUGGCGUGGCUCGAUGGCCAGGCGGACCGGUCCGUCGUGUACGUGAGCUUGGGGAGCCUCGCCGUCAUCUCAAAAGAGCAGUUCAAGGAGUUCUUGUCCGGUCUUGUCGCCACCGGUUUCCCCUUCCUCUGGGUGCUCCGGCCAGACAUGGUCGGGGCGAGCCAGGAGGCGGCCCUCCAAGACGCCAUCAACGCCGUCGGGAAUAACAAGGCAAGCGUCGUGCCAUGGGUGCCGCAGCGAGACGUGUUGCGACACCGUGCGGUGGGGUGCUUCUUGACGCACAACGGGUGGAACUCGACGCUGGAGGGCAUCGUCGAGGGCAUGCCGAUGGUGUGCUGGCCGUUCUUCGCCGAUCAGCAGAUCAACAGCCGGUUAGUGGGUGCUGUAUGGAGGACAGGGCUGGAUAUGAAGGACGUGUGCGACAGAGCUGUAGUGGAGAGGAUGGUGAGGGAGGCCAUGGAGUCCGCUGAGAUCAGGGGGUCAGCACAGGCUCUAGCGCAACAGGUGAAGCGGGACAUCACGGAAGGAGGGUCGUCGGCGACGGAGUUCAAGCGGCUCGUCAAGUUCAUCAAGGACCUCAGCAUGUCGAGCGCAAGGCCCGGUCUCAGUAACGAUGAAUCACUACGUGAAAAAAACCUUAAAAAGUGACGAGUCAUAAUUAUUAUGGGUAACAGAUGUUGUAUCCGUCAUCUCGAACGUGUCACUGAUGAUUAGUCAUAAGUGACGAAUAAGGAUUCCUCACCAAUAAGAUUAUUAGUGACGGGUCAAAAUUUAACCCGUCAUUUAUUAAGGUCAUAAGUGACGGGUCACAACUGUAACUCGUCACUUAUCACUGAUUUACGUUUUUCUUUAUUUCAUCUGAGCCAUCCCAACGCAUGCCUACUUAUGUCAAAGGUCACUUCUAUUUUUUUUUGCACUAUU